AUGUUUAGAAAUUUAAUAAGAAAAGAUGGAAUUUCCAUCGAUUGCCUAUUCUACAAGAGGAACCCAACUCCCAUCGAAGUAAGAAACAGCACACUUCAACUUGAAUUAUCAAAUUUUGAGUUCAAUGAGGUACAACACAACUAUAAGCCAAUUUUUGUCGACUAUGGACGAAAGGCCGUUUUUACUGCAGCAGAGAGGUUAUCUACCAAAACGCAUAGUUUACUGCAGGGCACAACUCGUGAAUACUGCCAUAUGACCAGAUCGACAAGAUACCAAGCAGAUCAACUUCGGCAGAAAAGACAAGACGGAAUUGAAGCCAUUAAAAGUCAUAUACCAUCUCACAAGACAGCCUCCCAUGCAGCAUAUAUUGAUCACGUACAAUAUGUGGUAUUUCAGACCACGAAUAUCCUGCAAAGAAGUAUGACGCUCUUUGCAGGAUUUCCUUCAAUCCCCUUGCACAAGACAUACACUUGUGCAUUGUAUUUCAUCAUUGACCCGAGCGUUAUCACAGUAAUUCAUCUAUAUCUCUCUAUAUAUUUGCCUUCUGAACUCGUUGGCAACUCUAUUUUCAUUUAUUAUUUUUCUGACAACGUUGCACCACACCAACUCAACACUUGUCAGUAUGUUCGGGAAGGACUUGACGUGCAACAAUUGCUAGGCGAAGAAUGUAGAAUUUGCAAAUCACACUCGUGGUUCCAGUGUACUGGUCUAGAGGAACCCAUCGACCGACGGCUUUCCAAAGAUCUGAUAAAGGCAAGCAAGCAAAUAAGAAGCAGUCCGCAGCAGCAGCAGCAGCAACAAUAA